AUGAGUAUAGUGUCCCAAGCACCGCAUCUCGUCCAAAGACAGGACGUGAUGAGCACCGUUGGCCAAGAAAAGUUUCAAGGCGCGGGUCCGACCAUGUCGCUUAAUUGCAAUAGCAAGUCGGACCGCCAAAAUUGGUCAGGGUCGGUAGGGGCGGAAAACCCUGCUGAUCCAGCAACGUCAAGAGAAUUAGCAGGACUCAUGACGAAGAUUGCUCCCAACACACAGUCACUGUGUGUUACUGCCCCUAGUGAUGAGGUGUCCCUCAUCACUUUGAAUAUCGAAGUGAAAAGUGGAAUGCCACUUCGCGCCUUGGUUGACGAUAAGGCGUCAAACAGUUUUUCAGUUUCAGUUAUUCGACGCCAGUCGCUAGACGAUAGGUGGCUUAGCUUUACCGAGCGAGAUAUCCCUCCAACGAGGAUGACGGUGUGCCUUGCAAUAGGCGCACUCGUAACAGCGAAUAAGCUUGUAGUUGGAAUCCACUACACGCUAGAAGGAAAGCUGUACGACGAUGACUUCAUCGUACUAGAUUUGGAUGGCAAGUUUGAUGUCAUCCUCGGUCUGCCAUAG